AUGUCUCUUGAAAGUCUCUUUGGUAGGAGUUCCUCAGAAAAUGCCAUUGAAAUUAAAGACACAGGAGAAUCUGUUAUCGAAAUGCUUAUAUCAGACUAUAUUAGUCAACCCCAUAAUUACACUGUCAAGGUGGUCUUUUCGCAUGAUAAAUUCCGAUUCAAACAUUUUAAAACAACAAUUUGCCCACAAGAGUCAAUAAUUUUCAUAGUUGGACAAAUGGAAAUUAUAGCUAAUAAAUUAUAUGUUUAUGCUAAUGAUAUCAAUUUUAUCAAUACUCAUUUUAUUACUAAAAAAAAGGAACUUUCUGAUACUGAAUUACCUUCGACUAAUCCAAUUCCAAAUCCAACACGAUAUAAACUUCUUAAUGUUUAUCAAACUAUAACUCAAAAUUCAGAAGUUGAUUCUGAAAACAAUCUUCUUUCAUUGAAAUGCAAACGAUCUAAUGAAAAUGUUAAACCAGAAAACACUAAUCCUACUACCGAUAAUGAUAUUGAAGAUUGUCAAUCAAAUUCAGAUAAUUCCAUUCAUACAGAUCAAAAAUCCGAAACUAAUAAUGCAACUAAAGAUUGUAACAAAAAUAAUAUUCAUCUAACUCGAAUUAUACGCAGUUAUAAAAAAACAACUGUAAUUUCUGAUGAAGAAUAA